AUGUUAGACAAAGACGUGGAGAAUGUUAACCAAACCUUGGUGAAAACCUUUCUUCUUCUUGGGCUUUCCAAUGUUUUUGAUCUUCAGAUUGUUUUCUUCUUGAUGUUUUCAGUGAUGUACAUGAUAACCUUAGCAGGAAAUGUCUUGCUGAUACUUGUGGUUAGACUUAACCCCAGGCUUCAGACGCCCAUGUACUUUUUCUUGAGUAAUCUAUCUUUGAUUGACAUUUGCUUUUCCUCAACUGUAGUCCCUAAAAUUUUAUUAAACACAAUAUCUCAGGACAGAAGUAUUUCCUUUGUGGGAUGUGCCGCACAGAUGUAUUUUCAUUUGGCUCUAGGUGGCACUGAAUGUCUUCUACUGGCAGUCAUGGCAUACGAUAGAUAUAUUGCUAUAUGUAACCCGUUACAUUACACAGCAGUCAUAGACGGGAGACUGUGCAUAGGUCUGGUCACUGGAUGCUGGAUUUUGAGCUUUGUGAACUCAUUUAUUCUUACAUUUUUAACCUUUCAACUUCCUUACUGCAAGUCCAAUCUCAUUAGUCAUUUUUUCUGUGAGAUGCCGCCACUCUUUCGACUUUCUUGCCGUGAUAUUUGGUUGAACGAGUUGGCAGAGUACAUCUCAGGUGCUAUAGUUGCACUUGGUUCUUUCAUGUUAAUUCUUUUGUCCUAUCUUUGCAUAACCAUAACCGUGUUAAAAAUUCGCACUAAUAAGGAACGCCAAAAGGUGUUCUCAACAUGUGCCUCCCAUGUGCUAGUAGUAUCUCUCUACUAUGGCACCAUCAUGUUUAUGCAUUUACAUCCUAGAGCUGCUUCUUCUUCCGAGCAGGAUAGAGUUGUGACCAUCCUCUACACAGUUGUGACUCCAAUGGUUAAUCCAAUUAUCUAUAGUAUAAGAAACAAGGAUAUCAAAAAAGCCAUCAGAAAAACAAUGAGUAAUGUAGUACAUCACUGA